UAUUAUUGAUAAACUGUAGUCUUAAGCAUUCUGCCAUGUCUCUUUUAAUUAUAGGUAUCCGUUAGCCCUAAAUUACCUUCACUUCCAGAUUUUAUUUCGCCAAACGUUUAAGCAAAAGCGCUUUGUGAGGACGGGAAUAACUAAUUAAACUUAUGCACAGGGAAAAGUAGGGUUGCACGUGGUUGAUCGACACUUUGACAGAAGCACUAUGCACAUUGCACCAUGCACAACCAUACAUUCGCGGUUCUCUGUGAUCCAAGUCAGAAAGUUAAUUCAAAUCAAAAUUGUAAGCAUUGACAUAUUUAUUACAAGGUUAUAUAUUUUUGUUUUAUAGCACCGCAAAAGGAAGUGGUCUCCAUCUACAAUGAUGAAUUCACCACUCCGCGUUCAAGAUAUCCGUAUUUCAUUGAAGUUUACCGUUGCGUUGAGGUUAGACGUUCGCUUGACUUAAUAAGAUGUCUUCACAGCUAUCCAGUGCAAAAAACGAUGACACAAAUCGAAAUCGUGGUUCCAGAUCUUACCAAUAACGAACAGGAUCCUAACCACAAAAGGAAGUUUUAUAAAUAUAUAUUAUUGAAUCACACCUCUUGUAAAUGCGGCGAACUCGAAGAGAGGAAACUUUAUAACACCUCAUCAAACAACCUUGUGUCAGAAAGCUAUUUCUUGGAAAAGUAUCGCCAGAAUGCAAAGAAUUUGCAAAGUCAUCGUGAUUUUUGCACCAAAACGCAAACAAGAUAUAAACUCACUGAAAAUCAUUUACUUGCUAAAUCUUCUUUUAAAUAUUUGCGAUACAAACAGUGCCUGCCUUUUUGCGCAGUAAGAACGAGUCAACUGGGGCGUGUCUAUAUAUCUUUUGGAAACGGUGAAACAAGACUUGAUGCUCUUGAAGAUGAUCUGACAUGCGAAGCGUAUGACAACACGGUGUCAGGUGAGGGCCCUUUUUGUGGCUCUGGAAAUCCAUUUGUACAAAUGCAAGAGCUCCAAAAGGAAGUGGUAUCCAUCUACAAUGAUGAAUUCACCACUCCGAGUUCACGAUAUCCGUAUUUCAUUGAAGUUUACCGUUGCGUUGAAACUGAUUCCAUUCUCGCACUAAAUUAUAAUUCGUCCUGCUAUCCAGUGCAAAAAACGAUGACAGAAAUCGAAAUAGUUGUUCCAGAUCUUACCAAUAACAAACGAGAUUCUAGCCGCAAAAGGAAGUUUUAUAAAUAUAUGGUAUUGAAUCACACAUCUUGUAAAUGCGGCAGACUCGAUGAGAGGAACUUUAUAACACCUCAUCCAACAACCUUG